AUGGCCAAGGAGUCUGGAGGUUUCGUCAAGUCCAAGGCCAAGGGCAUCGUCAACUUCCCGCCCUUCGAGAACCUGGACGAGGGCUCACUUCGGGAGAUCAAGAGAUACCAAGUGUACCCCUACGGAAAGAUCCAAGAGUACUGUCGACAUAUCCCCUACAACAGCGGCAAGAAAGACUUCUACGAGAAGACGGGCCGCGAGAGCUUUGAAGUGUUCCAGUACAUCUUCAAAGUGCCUGGUGAUGAUUCCGAAUACACCGUUAUGUGGGACUACAAUGUUGGCUUGACGAUGCCGGCCAAGAUGCUGAACAUGAACCCUGGCCUCCGCGACAUCACUCACAGCAUUACCGGAGGUUCUAUCAUGGCCCAGGGCUACUGGAUGCCCCACGCGUGUGCAAAAGCCGUCUGCGCGACGUUCUGCGCGCCUAUUGCCGGCGCACUGAUCCCAAUAUUCGGCCCUGACUUCCCUUCCCAAUGCAUAUCCCCCGACGCCCCAGAGCACGGCCGGAUGGCCAUCGAUCCCGCGAUCGUGGCAGAAUCUGGGCGUGAGGCCGACAUGUAUCGCCGCGUGUUUGCCAACGCGAACGCUGUCAAUGUCAACGGCCACCUGCCACUCCACCCUCAGCAGAUGCACCACUACAGUCACGGUCCGGCGCUCCCAAGCCCAACUAGCAUCCCCAGCCCGCGUCUUGCACGCCGCGGUCUGCACCGGCACGGAUCGCCAUACGACUACGAGAGAGACCGGGUUGACUUUGAGAUCCAAAUCGUACCGGAGACGCCCUCCUUGCCUCACGCACCUCACCACCGCAGCAUUCCGUACUCGCCAAUGUCACCGCCGCGGUCCAGCGGCUGGACGGUCGCAAACCACCCGGGACAUUCCCACUCGUCGUCCUCGACGUCGCCCAACAGCCACCACCACAACUUCGGCGAGGACUUCCUGUACCCGGGCGGCCCAAACCCUUUACUUAGCGCCAUACCCCGUUUCAGUAACGCCAGCAGGCUCGAUCACUACCAGACCUCGCAGAGGUUCCCUCCCGUCCCCCGCACCUCGGCGGCAUGGACCACAUCGAAGCGGCCGGCCCCCGAGCCGGAGGCCGGCCCCGAGUUCGACUAUGACGACCAGAGCGAGAACAGCCCGACAAACACGGUCACCACAGCGACGUCUCGGGCCUCGGGAGGCCGGGAGCGGGAUCACAACCGGGGUCGAGAGGAGGAGCUUGUCCCAUCCUCGGUGCCCCACGCCGCCGCGACCACCGGCGCCGAGAAGAACGCAGCGCUGCUGCUGAUGAACCUGAGCGUGAGAGACCACCGGGAGGUCCGGUGCCGCGACGAGAGGGAGGGCGGUGGCAGCAAGGCCCCGGAGGGCGACCGCGUCCCGCGGGGCUGUGGGCAAGAGUCCAUGUCCAUGUCCCCUGUGUCGGCGACGCCGGAUGGACAUAGAAGCAAGAGACGAAGGGCAACCUCCAUGUAA